UGGUUUUACAGCAGCUAAAGCCGCCCCAAGCAGCUGCAGUAGCGGCAUCAUAGCAGCUGUACUGAGUAGUUUUCUGCCAUUGAAAGUGCUGGAUUGUUUUGCUUAAAAAGUGACAUACCUCUUUGCGAUGAAAACACCGGGUGAAGGGUCUGUUACCGAACCGGAGCUGCAAUGAAGGCCGAGGCUUCUUCAUUGUGGGCUUCAUGCUGUGGUCUGCUGAAUGAAGUCAUGGGUACAGGGGCCGUCAGGGGCCAGCAGCCAGGGUUUGGGGCAGGUGCAGGGCCCUUCAGGUUCGCCCCCAGUGCGGGAUAUUCCACCUACCCGCCCAACAGCUCAGGGAACCCCAGCCUUGUUUGCAAAGCUUGUGGACAGACCUUCUCAGUCUUCAGGAGGAAGUACAACUGCUCUGACUGCAAGAAGAGCUUCUGCUCUCUGUGCUCCGUGGUCCAGGAGAACCUACGCGUUUGUACCACCUGCCAUCUGCUGAAGGCCACAGCGUUCCACCGGCCGCGGCUCAUGCGCCUACGAGUGAGGGACCUGCGUCAGUACCUGAUGCUGCGCAACAUCUCCACUGACACCUGCAGGGAAAAGGACGACCUGGUCGAUCUGGUUCUUUGUCAUCGGGGCAUCGAGGAGGAUGACGAAGAUGAUGGGGAGGAGGAGGAGGAAGAAGAGGAUGAGGAGGAUAUGGAGGACCCUAACACAGCCAGCCUCCUCUUUCAUACCCAUCGCGCAUCAGCCGCUUUCAAUGAACAGCCUGCCUCUGAGCGGCCUGCUGCCUCUCAGGAGGAAUCCCACAGCAGGAGCGAAAGCUCCGAUACCAGCCAGGAUUCGAGCGAUUUCACACCGGCGUCUCUCCUUAACUCGGAUUCCAGUGAACAAUCUGGUGAUCAGAUGAGUCCUCAGACUGGGCAUGCAGCCAGAGCAUCCCUCUCUGACAUCUCCAGUGUGAGGGACAUUAAGGGCCUGUCCGUCAGGCAGCUGAAGGAGAUCCUGGCGAGGAAUUUUGUCAAUUACUCCGGUUGUUGUGAGAAGUGGGAGCUUGUGGAGCGUGUCAACAGGCUGUACAGAGAGAAGGAGAAGAACACUAAAUCAUUGAUGGCCUUCCCCUCUUCUAUCUGCAACGGUUCCAUCAGAGAUGGGGAGAAAUGUCCGCUAAAGCUUCAGGACGACAACCUCUGCAGGAUCUGUAUGGACGCCGUGAUCGACUGCGUUCUGUUGGAGUGUGGUCACCUGGUCACCUGCACCAACUGCGGCAAGAGGAUGAACCACUGUCCAAUAUGCAGGCAGUUCGUCGUGAGGGCCGUGCACGUUUUUAAAUGCUAACGCACCACUUGGCCUGAAUCAAGAGCUUCUCUCCAAGGAAGCUCAUACAUUUACAAAUCUUACAAUCCUCACUUUCAGAUGUUUGGAUUUACUGGGUCUUUGUAUCAUUUGCACACAAAAAUAUUUUUAAGACUGAAGGGUUAACAGAUGAGGACAAUGCUUUUGUUUCAGAUAUUCCUUCUCUUUGUCUUGGUUUUCUACUGUUUCUCAAAGCAAAGAAUGUCAGGUCCACUCGGACGCAAACUGGUUAACACACAAUCUUCAUCUCUGCCUGUAAACUGUAGCUCUUCUUCAGAUCUACUCUCCUUGCCUACUUCUGCAAGUCAAUACAUAUCUUAGUAAAGACCUUGCACUGAAAUCUCAGCAGAUGUGGAAAAUGUAGGUGCCAAACGGUCACUGUCUUGCUUAAUGCUCAUAUUCUUCCCUCAGCUGGAGGAGGACAGCAUCACGUCCGCCUUUCAGCAGGUUGGAUCACAAAGCACUUUGUUCAUCUUCCACGUUAAUGCAGCACCACUCACAACCCACCGCACCUCAUGACAGUUAAUAAUGGCUAAGAUAAUGUGCGCUUCUUCCUGAAUGCUUGAUGAGAGAUGCUAAUUAGGAUUUGUUGAGCUUUGCUGUGUAAAUGUUGUGCUGCACAUAGGAGCAGAUGCUCUGCAGUUAUCUUACAUGCAACUGAUUGAUGGUUCUGUAUUACGAGAUGCAUUAUUAAUUAUAUUGAUUUAGUUUUUCAUAAAAUAAGUGCUUGUUUUAAUGUGUUUCAUUUAGGUCACAGCAAUAGUCGGGUCUUCGCACCAAACAGGAGGCUCGAAUUAAACCGGUGCUAACUCAUCCAAUCUUCCCUGUUUCUUUUGGGAGUUUUUUUUUUACUGAAUUUUGAUGUAAAACUUACAUUUUAUUAGGUUGUUGGAUCAAAAAUGUCAUGCUUUUUUAAGUUGGUGAUAUAUAAGACAUGAUAAAUGAAACUAUUUACUCAAAGAUGUUAAUGUGAGGUUACAGACAGCUGAGUGAAGUGAAAGUAUAUUACCAUAAUGACUAACUGUACAUAUAUCAGCCUGUAUAGGAUGUAUAUAGCUAUAUUUUUCCAUUUGAUUUGAAUCGUGUGUUUAUUGAUUGCAAAAAUGUUUAUUUUUUAAAUAUUGUUUUAUUUUUUUUUAUGUGGCUUGAAUCUAUGUUCAUCGCUUGCCGUUCCACUGGACCACAGCAAAACAGGUAGUUUUACAUCAUUCCCUCGGUACGAAGCAUGCUGCAGUCACGGUACUGAUGUCCUCUACCAUCACAAAGAGCAGCAGAGCAAACCAGACUUUUCAUUUAGAGAGGGUGGAUUCGUGUGCAACAUGUGGUCUUUGUAUUUGCAGAUGUUGAACUUUGUAUUAUGGGUUAAAUUAAAGAUUUUAAUUAA